GGCGCUACCGCAAAGCCUUCUGGGACACGAAGUCCUUCUCUACCAUACACAUGCACGGGCUGAGGAGCAGAGCGUUUCGGUAUCAUUCCAAACCCGCUGAUGUGGCCGAAGAGACGGGCUUAUGCUGCCAACAUUUGCUCGGCUCGCUUUUGUUCCAACGUUAAUAGGAAUGAAAAUCGCUUAUUAACUUCCAGUUCUUUCCCUAACACAGUCCUUAAAGGAGAGGAGACUCGAUUUCCGCCUUUCCUUUUCCGUACAGUCGAAAGCAGGUGCUGGUUUGGGAACCCAUAACAAUGACUCUUAGGGGGAAAAAAUCAGGGAGGAAAAGUCCUCCGGGAGCCUAGAAGGGUUGGAAACAAGGCUCUGUGGGCAUAGGACCUCUCUGUACUGGGUUUACUCUAUGGUCUCUGGGAGGUUUCUUGGUGUUCGCUGGCAGGCGAUGGGCGACAGCAGGGAAGACGGUUUUGAAGCUUCGGCGCUGGGCACCAAAGAGCAUUGGGAUGCAGCAUAUGAACGUGAACUGCAGAAUUUUGAAGAUAGCGGUGAUGCUGGUGAGAUCUGGUUUGGUGAAGAAAGCAUGAGUCGUUUAAUUGGAUGGCUAGAAAAACAAAGGAUACCCUUGGACAGCUGUAUACUUGAUAUUGGAACAGGAAAUGGCGUUCUACUGGUUGAAUUGGCCAAAUCUGGUUACACUGAUCUUGUAGGAAUUGACUACUCCCCUUCUGCAAUUCAGCUUUCAAAAAAGAUAAUGGAAAAAGAAGGGUUGCCUCAAGUUAAAUUGCAGGUAGAAGAUAUUUUAAAUCCUUCAGAUGAAUUAUCAGGAUUUCAUGUUUGCAUUGACAAAGGGACUUUUGAUGCCAUCAGCCUGAAUCCAGAGAAUGCAGCCGAGAAACAAAAGCAUUAUGUAAAAUCACUGCAUAGGAUACUGAGACCAGGAGGCCUUUUCCUCAUAACUUCUUGUAACUGGACCAAAGAGGAGCUACUUAAUGAGUUUGGAAAAGAGUUUCUUCUUCUGGAGGAGCUGCCUACAUCUGUGUUCUGCUUUGGAGGAAAAACUGGGAACAAUGUAACUGUUUUGGUUUUGCAAAAGAAAAUAUGAAGAUUUCUGCAUUGGGACUUUAUUGGCUGGAAGCAUCCUGGUCCUGAAUUCUGAAUUUAUUUGGCAGACAAGAUAUAUAGAAAAAUAAUAUGAACACUAUACAAAUAAUGGCUAAGCUAAAACAGGACUAUGGAAAGUUGCAUGGGACUUUAGUUUGCUUUGUUGCAGACUUAAUUGCAGGUAAGUUGUAUGAGGAAUAUACAGGAGAAACUGUUUUGAUGUUUGUCCAAGGGGAAAACUGUAAACAUCAUUUGUAUAUAAAAUGUAAAAUAUAUUUUGCUAUGGUAAAUGGUGGCGUGUUCAAAAAAUAAAAUUGGAUGCAUAUGGCUCCAGUCAAGGAGAA